GGCAGAGCUGUGCCCCCCACUUUGUGGUGGGGAUGGCGGUGUCCUGGCAGUGGGGAGCCCUCAGGGGCUGUCAUUGAGUGCAGCAGCCUGAGCAGGACACCCACUUCAGAAACACCUGCAGCAUCUUUCUCUGAUGGCUUUUCCUUCCAGACCGCAAACUGCCUGGAGGGACCUGACCCCAUGCUGGCAAUGGCCUCUCACCAUGUGGUCACAGUCCAGCCCCAGUUUCUGGCUGCUCCGCGGGCAGGCGAGUGGCAGACAGGGCUGCUGGACUGCUGCUCCGACUUGGGCGUGUGUAUUUGUGGAGCCUUCUGCUUCAGCUGCCUGGGGUGCCAGGUGGCCGGGGACAUGAAUGAGUUCUGCCUGUGUGGCCCCAGCGUGGCCAUGAGGACACUCUACCGCACCAGAUACAACAUCCCGGGCUCCAUUCUGGGUGACUUUAUCUCCGCUGCGUGCUGCCCCAUGUGUGCGCUCUGCCAGCUGAAGAGAGACAUCAACCGGAGGAAGGAGCUGGGCAUAUUCUGGUAA